GAAAAACAAGAUCUUUUAAGGGGAAAUCCUGUGGACCAACGAAUUCGAAGUGCCAUCUACCAAAAACACAGCAAAUCAGUGAUUUUAAUCAAUGAAAGAUCUGUUAACUCAUAAUUUUUGCUGAAUUUCGUUUGCAGGUGAUAACAGACAUGCCUAUGCAAACAUUAUCUAUCUGCAAUUCACACCCACCCAUUCAUGGCAGAUCUUUAAACCAAAAUCUUCCAUGGAACCCAUCUCUUGUUACCUUAUCCGGGUUCCCAAAAUCCCUAAAAACUUACUCAAUUUUCACCCUUAGAAACCAUCCCAAGAUGAAUAAUAGCAGGUUAACUGUAUUUGCUGUUAAAGGAGAAGAAGAACAAUCGACUCCUUCAUGGGCCAAACCCGACUCCGAAGAACCUCCUCCAUGGGCCCGUAAUGAAACCCAGCAAGCAUCAUCUUCAUCUAAUUCGGAGCUCCCAUUUUUUGUCUACUUGCUUGCUUCUGCUAUCACCGCCAUUGCUGCUAUUGGAUCCGUUUUUGAGUAUGUGAAUCAAAAGCCAGUUUUCGGAGUGUUGAAUUCGGAUAGCAUAUUUUAUGCACCAGUUCUUGGAUUCUUUGCAUUUACUGGUCUUCCAACUGCUGCAUUCCUUUGGUUCAAAUCUGUUGAAGUUGCGAAUAAGGAGGCAGAGGAGCAAGACAGAAGAGAUGGUUAUCGUUAGGUCAAUUGUUCAUAUCGUUUCUCAAUUGUUGGCCAUACAUUUAUUUGAUAUGGAUUCUUGGUUCUUGAUUUUUAUUAAUGAAAAAGGUCGGUUUUUUGAUGUGGAAA